ACAAAUAUCAUUACAAACGAUAUCAGUCGACAACAACAACAACAACAAAAUAGCAAUAAAUCAAUCAAAUUGAUUACAAAUCAAACAUUAUUACCAUCAUCAUUAUCAUUACCAUUAGAUCAAUCAGUUAUGAAAAGAACUUUGAAAUUUAUUAAUCAAAUAUCGAUGAUGAUUGAUCAAAGGUUCAUCAUGAUGAAAAGCAAAAGAUCUCAACAACAACAACCAAAACAUCAUAGUCAACAACAGAAUUAUCAUUAUAAUCAUCAACGAUAUUACCAUCACCAUCCACACCAUUCACAAAGUACAUAUCAUAGGCCUUGGUUGACCACCAUCAUGAUCAUUAUGAUGAUUCUUGUACAAUCAACAUUAUCAUGUGGUCCAGGUCGUGGUGGUAGUCGUCGUCGUAGUCCACGUAAACUUAUACCAUUAGUAUUUAAACAACAUAUACCAAAUGUAUCGGAAAAUACAUUAGGUGCAUCCGGCCUAAAUGAAGGUCAAAUAACAAGAAAUCAUCGUCGUUUUAAAGAAUUAGUACCAAAUUAUAAUCAAGAUAUUUUAUUUAAAGAUGAAGAAGGUACCGGUGCUGAUCGUCUUAUGACACAGAGAUUAAAAGAAAAAUUAAAUACAUUAGCCAUAUCGGUUAUGAAUCAAUGGCCUGGUGUUAGAUUACGUGUUACUGAAGGUUGGGAUGAAGAUGGUUCACAUGCAUCAAAUUCAUUACAUUAUGAAGGAAGAGCUGUUGAUAUAACAACAAGUGAUCGUGAUCGUUCGAAAUAUGGUAUGCUUGCACGAUUAGCAGUUGAAGCUGGUUUUGAUUGGGUUUAUUAUGAAUCACGUUUUCAUAUACAUUGUUCAGUUAAAUCAGAAAAAUCUGAAUCAGCUCGUAAUGGUGGAUGUUUUGAUCAAAAUAGUACAGUAGUGGAUGAAAAUGGUCAUCAAUUAAGUAUUCAAAAGUUGAAAAUUGGUGAUCGAAUUCUAACAAUGAAUAUGGAUACCGGUAAUUUAGAAUUGAGUACGGUUAUUAUGUUUUUAGAUCGUAAUCCAACAAUAGAAAGAUUAUAUUAUGAAAUUGAAACGGAAUUUGGUUCACGAAUAACAGCAACACCAGCACAUUUAUUAUUUAUUUCAAAUACGGGAAAUUUUUCCGAUAAAUAUGAAGAAUUUGUAUCGAAAAUCGAAGUUGAUCAAUAUUUAUUGGUUCAACAACAACAACAAUUAUCAAUUCGAAUGGAACGAAUCGUUCGAAUUCGAACGAAAAAAUCUCGUGGAAUUUAUGCACCAUUAACAAAUACCGGUACAAUUUUAGUAAAUAAUAUUGUUGCAUCUUGUUAUGCAAUUAUUGAUAGCCAACAAUUAAGCCAUUUAUCAUUUUUACCAAUACGUUUUGUUUAUAAUUUUAUUGAAUUUGGUGAUCAAAUUUCAAAAUUAUUGAAUGUUUAUCAUCCAAAUCAUCAUCGACAACAACAUCGACAACAACAACAAAUGUCACCAUCAUCAUCAAAUUCAACAACAAAAACAAUACCGAAUGGUAUACAUUGGUAUCCACGUUUAUUAUAUGAAAUAUUUAGCCAUUUUAUUCCAAUCGAUUAUGUUUAUCAUUGAAAUCCGAAAAA